GGGAGGGAGUCUGGGUGAGGUGUUUGAGUCUCUCACACUUAGUGCUUUAAUAUUGGAAAUUUACACUGAAAAACCAUCAUCACAAAUAACAGACCAGAUGAACUUAAGUUUUUCUCCAGGUGAUUAACUGGAUUACAUAAGUUUUCUCUGUGUGUGUUAAUGUGGCUAGUUUUGGGUCAUGGCAUCCACUGGUGUCACUAAUCACCUACCUCCAGUCAAGAGUGUGAUGGUCUACAGAAAUGGAGACCCCUUCUAUUCAGGAAGGAGAUUUGUGGUAAACCAGAGGCAAAUCUCCACCAUGGAUACGCUUCUUAAUGACAUCACCCUCAGUAUCGGAGCUCCGUUAGCUGUUCGAACUCUUUAUACGCCACGCUACGGUCAUCGGGUCACAGGCCUUGGUGACCUACAGCAAGGAGCACAGUAUGUGGCCGCAGGGUUUGAGCGCUUUAAGAAACUAGAUUAUCUGACUGCAGGACUGAAGAAAGGUCCACUGUGCAGAGUUGUGGAACCAGCCCAGGUUAAAGCGCUUGUCAGGCCUAAUGUGUCUGCAAAAUGGAGGAAGGCCAUCACUCUGCCCUGCAUCAUACAUGUAUUUAGGAAUGGAGACAUCCUCAGUCCUGCCAUUCGUCUGAUCAUUCCCCGCCACAUGCUGAAAAAUCUAGAGCAGAUCCUGAGCCUCAUUUCUGAAAAAGCCAUGCUUCGCACAGGAGCCGUGCGCAGGCUUUGUACUCUGGAGGGUUUCACAGUGACCUCCACAGAGGAGCUGGAGAGUGGGCAAAGCUAUGUAGCUGUGGGAACAGAGAGGUUCAAGAAGCUUCCAUAUGUGGAGAUACUGCUGAACAAAGCAACAGGCAACAGUGCAGACAGACAUUAUGCAGGAGACAGACGAUUACAGAGAAGAAUUGAGAGUAGAAAGAUGUUUCCUCAGGACAGCCACAGUGACUCAACCCUGAUGAAUUCACCUGAGAGGCAAGGCAGGCGUGUGAAGUCCACAGGAGAUGAGGUGGAGCGAGAGAGCUCCCCUCAGCCGGUUAAGAGGAGAGGAAGGAGAGGAGAAAGAGAGGAGAACUCUGUUUUCUACGCCAGACCUGUGAGAGUCCGCAGACACCCUCCCACAAACAGACCCCCUCCUAGAGCUACAAUAGAUGAGCCCAGUGUGUUUAAGGCCUCUGAGAGCAGGAUAAGGGAGGAGGUUCGAGGUGCCGAGGAGGUCGCAGAGGAUGAAAAUACAGCUGUAGAGCAUCCCAUUGACCAGAGAGAAGCAGAAGUUGUAGAGGAUGAGGAGCUUCUGGAAAGGGAUCAGUUUGAUACAGCCAAUAUAAAUCAUAGGGAUUCAGCUGAACUACACAGGCCAUCAGCUGAUCUCUCCAGUGAGAACGGAGAGGAAGAGUUUAUAGCGUCUGAGAGGGAGACAUGGGACGACCCGUCAGCUCCACAGAGAGAAGCACAGCAGGGAUACACGUCCAGCAAAGAGUCUCAGCAUGAUACAAACAAGCAUGAUGCUGAGUCACCCACACGGCAUUCCAGAUCUGCUUCAUCUUCAUCACUCAAAGUCUCUGAACAUUCCCCACGAAGUGAAGUAACACAGCAAGAACCUACUGGGGUUUCCCAUGAGGAACAGACAGACAGGGAUGCUGAGCGGCCUCUCCAGGCUGAAGAUGACACAGGAGACGGAGACACACCUUUACAAUCCACACACAUUCUCUGAACAUGGAAUCACUAUGAAAUUGGCAUCAUU